UACACCAAUGAAAUGAGAAACUGGAGGGAGAACAUGUCUUCUUCCCUAUGGUUUGGUUGUUUCAUUGUUGUUGUCAUUCUAAGCAAUGUUCUUGCUGUAUAUCGGCAACCUGCCAACAGUCGAGUCUGGAACAGUCAAGCCAACAACGUCAAGGUACAGUAACACGAGAUGAAGGAAGUAGCUGAGCCAGAUUAUUUCCAUAUCUAGUCAGUCGUCUCGUGGGACGGAUAUAGGUGACGUUGUACCUUGAAUCCCUGCGGAGGACCUGUAACUGUGAAAAGAAUGUGACCUGCCUGCACAAGAGCAAGAUAACAUCAAAUAAACGUACCUAUUGACAUUUGUACCCAAGCUGGUACUAUUGUGAUAAAACUUAAUACAUACAAAUUCCACAUUUCAAAGAGGGACUUCGACCAUGCGUUUGGCUUGGAACAUCAUAUUCGCCUGUUUCAUUUGUGUUCAGAUCUGUGUGUCACUUGUCAUUUUGAUGGCUCUUGGAUUCCGUCCAAGACAGAAUACGAUCAUCUUUGAUGAACUGCAGCAUUUUAGUAGAGACUGGGAUAAAGAACUAAAUGCUAAACACACGAAAAUGCCAAACGAACGUGAUUGUAUGCUCACACGACAUAUUAACGAUGCUUAUAUUGGCGUUGUUCGUGAGAACGCGCUGCUGUGUCGCGGAGUUUCACAGGUGGACGUUGUAUUUAUUGUCCACAGCUCUCCUGAGCAUUAUGAUCGUCGGGAAAUACUUCGGGGUAUUUUUAAGAAGGAAAAUGCAUUCCAAAAUUAUACCGUGCGACUUGUUUUUCUAAUUGGACAAAGGAACAACGUGAAAAUUGAAGAAAUAGUCAACCAAGAAUUCAUCCAGCACGGGGACAUUGUCCAAGGUCGGUUUCUGGACAGCUACAAAAACCUUACGUAUAAAGCUGUCAUGGGUGUGAAAUGGAUCAGCCAUAACUGCAGGAACGUCAAAUACGUCAUCAAAAUGGAUGACGACGUUUACGUUUCUUUUCGAAUGUUUUUCACACACAUUUAUCGGCAAUAUCUUCAUGAUACGAGGGUUUUAUGUUGGUCGUGGAAGAGUUCAACAGUUCUUGUCAACAGAAAGGGGAAGUGGUCAGUGGAUAAGGACGAUUUAAGGCAUUAUAAUCUGUUUCCUUUGGAUUAUUGCAGUGGAUUUGCUGUCAUUAUACCAGGCGCGAUAAUUCCAGCUCUGUAUAAAGCAACUAGACUCGUUCCCUUCUUAUGGAUCGAUGACUACUUCCUGACUGGCAUGACGCGUGCUUUAGUAACAAAACUGCAUGAUCUAGGUCCAUAUCAUCACUAUGUCAUUUUUCCGCAAGACCGGAUGACUUGCAUGAAAAAUCCGAAACUUUGCAAAACAGUCUUUUCGCCAAAUACUAAGAUCAGAAGACUACCAGUAGUAAAGACAUAAUAUCCACCACG